AUGACCCAGCUCGUUGGAGGCUUGCCCCUCGGAGGACAUGGCGUUCGUGAGCCAAACAUCCCACAAGCGGCGCCAGAGAAUCGUUACAACGCCCUGAUCCUCCCCUCGGACGCACUGUACAAGCAAAUCGAGGACGAGUUCAAGCUCCUUCUCGCUGAUCCCCGAGUCGCCGUCGGUGACGUCCUCGACAAGUACUUCACACCUCAUGAGGCAAAGCUCUUUUUACCGAUAGCCGAGUCCACAAGCCUCGUCCAGAUACAAGACGAGAAUACGCAACGCUACAGAGACAUCUUACGCACCAGGUUUAGGGGCCAUCCUCUUUCGCUGGCCAGCAAAUUCGCCAUGCUCUAUUUCGGCCUGCCCAUUGAGCCGGCCAUCUCGCACCUCUUCGACGCGCAGCGGCCUAGGCUCGAUCUUCUUGAUGACAAUACAACUGAGGGCGGCAUGGCUCGCCCGCCUCUGCACUUUCUCACCGCUCACGAUCAGCGCAAUUACGGCUAUGACCACCGACGGGGGCGAGAGGCAGGGUACAGCACGCUACCCGUAACUGCAUCGAGUCUGCGAGGCACCGAUGCCGAGCCCGUUCUCGGCCUGCGAGGCGGCGCCAUCGAUGACGAGCUCCAAGAUGAUUACCCUGACAAUCUACCAGUAGAAGAGGGCGACGAGAAUUUAUCAGACGACAACGUUGAAGAACCAUCUCCGAAGAAGGACGUGCCCGAGACUGCACCAGAAGGUGAUGUUGUCAUGAAGGACGUUUCCGACCAGGAACAAAGAACAUACCGGCCCCCCGCAACAGCAUCCCUCCCCUCGCAGACUUGGCUCUACGGUUUCCAGGGACGUAUCUACAUUGACGUCAUGAAAAGAAAGGAGGCAGAGAAGGGCCUCGAGGCGUUGCUCUCGAUGCGUCCCGGGCACGAUUGCGACGUUCUUCUCCAACGAUACAACGCAACGACACACCAAAAGCAGGAGGAGACCUUCUUCCAGACCCACGCUGGUGUGAUCAACUACAUUGCCGACCACUUCUCCUCGGUGCAGAAUGCGUGGUUUGUUCACCGUGCUGGCGAGAGUCCGCCCGAGACCUAUAUCCCCUCGACCAGCACCUUUGACACCCUCGUCGAGCUGAAUCAUGUCGCUGGGGGGCAGCCCCGUGUUGCCUAUUUCCGCACGCCUUCGAGAACGUGGUUCAACGGCCCCGACGGCAACGCCAAUUUGUACUGGGCCUUUGGUGCCAACCAUUACAUGCCCUUUCUGCAGAACGCGCAGGAGGUCCUCCUCGGCCGCCCGCCAGAGGGCCGCAGAGGUCCCCAUGCUCUCCUGCGCUAUGCCCACGGCGACGGCAGCCAUAUCAAGACGAACGAAGGCCAACCUGUCACCACGUCGUGGUACGGCGGGAACGAGACCAACGCGAAUGUUUUCCAUUGGAUGGUCCCCCAAAACCCGGACACGCGGCACACUCUCCAGCUGCUGCGGCGUGAUCUAGCACCCCGCUCCGCCGUCCUCCUGGCGCCGGGGAACGCCAAUGCCAGGGGGACCUUCCAAAUCGCUUGGCCGUACAGCAAUCUCCGUCGUAAGCUCGACAGCUUCUGCCACGACGAGUACCCCAACACCCAAAUUGAGUCAUUCUUCGUGUGGUCCCACGACGAGUUUCUGACGGGCCAUCGGUCCAUGCCCAUGGGGCAGUGGAACCCUCGCGAGAGCGACGUGGACAAGCUGGCGGAUCAUGAGCUGCACAUGACCAGACUCAUGCAGGCCUACGUCAAGGAGACGCACGGCAACGGCUGCGCGUUUGUCUUCCAGCCUCAGUAUGAGCGCGACAUUGCCGACGACACAACAUGCCAGCUGCGCUUGAAAGGGUGGGAGGGGACCGCUCCCUUUCCGGAGCAAGUGGAGAGCGUCGACAUGCUCUACGAGCAGCUCAUUGUCGCUUCCACAAAUGUGGCUGAAGGUCAGCCUGCGUCGCGAACCGGUGCGCUUACCAUGGCCAUGCUGAAGAACAAUCUCGUCUGUCUCGCCGAUGGCCCGGUGGAUAGUCCUAACACGCGGACAUUUGUCGUUUUGCCUACCACGAGCCACGACGAAAUGCGUGCCAUGCGUCGCCAGAUGACGAGCCAAGUCAUCACCGCAGAGCUGCUCUCAAAUAAUCAUUCUGAUUUCAUCGAGCGUAUGACGGCUUCCAACAGCUCUUCGCACCCCUGGGGCCCACGCUACGGCCUUGUCAACCAGUGGCGGGAGCGGAUAGGCUUCGAGAAGCUGCCCAAGCCAGGCGAUCCCGUCUUCGAAGAGCUGAAGAAGAAGCUGGGCCCCUCUUCCAAGAACGGACCCAAGGCUGGAGACAAUGGCAAGCCAAAGGACAGACCUCUCACGGACGAGGAGAUUUGGGGAAAGGACGAAGAACCAUUUCUCAAGCACGAGAUUGACCAGCGCGAGCUGUCGUGGGCCCGGCAACCGAGCAUCUGGGACUCAGGCACGUACAACCCCUCGAUCCCCACCAACGCGCCUCCCCGGGAAGCCAUCUUGCGUACAGGCAAGGGCCGGAUCCCUGUACUGUCCAAGGGGACGCUCACGCCGACAGAGGUGGCCCGGAUGCAGCGAGACUUCCACGAGCUUCGGAACCUGAACAUUCAGAGAAUCGCCUUCUGUCCGUUCCCAAACUGUAAAUUUAGCUACCGUGUUGACAAGAUGGACAAGAUCAGCAGACAUCUGAGGCAGCACACGACGAACAACUGUCCGUGGUGUCCAGAAAAGCUAUAUGAGCACUGGGACAAGCCCCAGCGAGACCGCCACUUCAAGAACAAGCACGAAGCGGAACUACGUUCUGUCCUCAAGCAAGCGGCCAACAGGCCCGUCACGGACCCGUUCAUCGAGAAGCAGCAGCAGCAGCAGGAGGCCAAUGGUGCCAUCGUCACCAGAACACUCAUCCCGCAACCCUUCUCGUGGACGGCUAAGCCGAACUCCAUCUUUGAGCAAGUUGUGAAGAGGCCUACCGACCUCAGGGUUGCUCGCCUGCCACCCAACAGGGCCAACCCCAAAGAGAUGGAGUUUAGCUUCUGCGACCGCUGCGGGCGCGACCACAGUAUGCUCAACGAUGCAAAGGACCGUCGGCACCACGACCGGGUAUGUGUGCCCCAUGCUGAAGGUGCCGGUGCCUGCACCUUCUGCGAGACGUGCGGUUCUCAUGUGUGGAAAACGGAGAACGACGCCCUGAACUGGGAUCCCACGGCCAAGCUCCCCCACCGCUGUAGGGGGCUCGCCCACUCGGGCAAGCCAUUCUGUAAAUCCUGCGGACUCUCGCUCGGCCAGUACUCCGACGAGUACGUUGACAAGCACCGCAAGUUCUGUGGCGCAUUCUUCAGCGUCAUUGGCACCUUCUGCCCCUACUGUCAGCUGAAAUUUGAUAUCCUGCCCGGGGCCGACAAGGUCGAGGACGUGAUUGAGGCCAAAAAGGUACAUAUCAACACCUGCCGAAACGAUCACGUGCAUCCAAGUUUGCAGGUGCAACGAGGCCAGAUGACGCCCUUUGAUCUCUAUGAUGAGGACUAUUGGCGCGAGUGGACGCGACCGUACGAUGAGCAGUAUGACGGACCCCGCGCCUUCAACGAGAUGCUUCGGCUGCCCCACAGGGCGACGAAGGCCCUCCUGCCGCCCCUUGCUUGGUGGGAGAAACAGGGACCGCGGGACUCGGUCGUCGACCCGCCGCAGGAUUGCGGCGUCUGCAGAGCGGCUCUUGUUGGGCUUGACGCGUCAAGCGUGCUGCAGCACUUUGAGGCCGACCACAAUGAUGAUAAGCCCCUCGAAACGUGUCCGUUGUGCGAUCUAUCUUUCACGGCGCCGGUCGCUGAAGGCGAGACGCAAGUGUAUCUCGCUUCACGCGCCCAGCAGCAGCCGCACAUGGAGUGCCACGUUUUCGACCUCGUUCGCCGUGUGUGGUGCCAUGGGAAGUUCAUGUCGCCGGAGCAGUGGCGGCUACACAAGAAGCAGGUGCACGGCAGCGAGGAGUGGCAGCUCGAGACGCCGGGACAGAUCGCGUCUGGCACGAGUGCGGCCAGGGCAGCAAAAGAGCUUAGGGCAGGGAAGAAAAAGAGUUCGGACGACAGCGGUGGUGACGGUGGCGGAGGUGGCAGCGGUGGUGACGGCGGCGGUGACGGUGACGGCAGCGGAAAGAAGGCGCCUCAGGAGAACACGCCUGGAGAAGAAACGACAUUACCGAAAGAGCUCCCCCAAGGCGACUUCGCCGUUGUGGAAACAGACUACUGUUCACGAUGCCUCCGCAAGAUGCCCCGUAAGAAUAAUAUUGGUCCGGGGAGGCUCUCGUGGGAGCAGCAGGUCAUGGCUCACUGUGACCCGAAGCGCAGCUGCCGCGUCCCCUACCAGCGGGGCAGCGACGCCAACUCCGUUCCUAACAUGUCGGGCUUCUUGUCUAAGGUGCAGAUGACCAACCUGGGGGGAAUCACCAAGCUGAGGAGGAACUUUGCGACAGGCCAUCCCACAUACGCGCGGACAAUUUACCCUACUGAUGGGAACUUUGCGCGCAGCACAACAACGUGGGAGUUUGAUCCGAACCGGAACGAGAACAGCAAUGCUUGGGGGAUGCCGUUCCCGCCACCGCCACCUGGGGGGACCCAGGCCGGAGGAGGCGAUGAUGGAGGCGGUGGAGAUGGUGGUGACGGCGGAGGCGGAGGUGAUGAUGGAGGGGAUGGGGGCGGUGGAGGUGAUGGUGAUGGAAACGGCGGAGGCGGAGGUGAUGAUGGAGGGGAUGGGGGCGGUGGAGGUGAUGGUGAUGGAAACGGCGGAGGCGGAGGUGAUGGUAAUGGUGAUGGCGCAGGCGAUGGUGAUGGCGGUGGUGGUAGUGAUGGUGACAAAGGCGGUGGUGACAAAGACGGUGGUGAUGCUGGCGAUGAAGGCGACACAGCCCCAAGCAGUCAAGCCGGAAAAAAGCGCGCCAACCUUACACCAAAAACACCAGCCUCCAGUAGGACAAUGGGUAAUGGCGGAACUAGCAGCGGUGGCGGUGUCAGCAGCAGCAAGCGAAAGCGAGGCGACGCGCAAACUGAUCCAUCCUAUCGACCGAGCAAGGAGGAGCUCGCGAUGGAGCAGCAGGAGGUGCAGAAGGAGGUGCAGGAAGAAGGAGAAAGGCAGAAGAAGGACUCAGCCCGGACGGCAAAGAGGAUGAAGCACGUCUGA